UUCCAUUCUUACAACCAAUCGGUGGCAAAGAAGAAAGAAGAGCUACCGGUACCACAAGCGGUGACCAUAAUAACACAAGAACAAAAGCAAACAAGCAACACAACACCUCCAAUACAAGUAUAUCCAAUCAUGAUGAGAACGAGAGCUCUGUAUCGAGCGGCUGCGGCUGCCCAAGGCGAAAAGAUUGUGGUCUUGGGCAGUGGAUGGGGUGGAUUCCAGGUGGCCCUGAACGUGAACAAGAACUUGGAUUUGACCGUGGUAUCCCCCAACAAUCAUUUCCUCUUUACGCCAUUGUUGCCCAGUACGGCCGUGGGAACCUUGGAAUUCCGAUGCGUCCAAGAACCCGUUCGGACGGUGCUCGGCCCCAAGGGACAGUUUCUCCAUGGCAAGGCACGGACGCUCGAUCCGGAAAACAAAACCAUUACGGUGCAAUCGGUCCACGAUGAUACCUUUGAAAUAACAUAUGACAAAUUAGUCAUUGCCGUGGGUGUCAAGACCAAUACCUUUGGCAUUCCAUCCAUCCAGGAAGGAAAUGGAAUCUUCUUUCUCAAGACACUCAAGCAUGCACGGAUGAUCCGAAAUAACAUUAUUGACGUAUUCGAAAAGGCCGCCGUACCUACCGUUACUCCUGCUGAACGGAAACGAUUGCUUUCCUUUGUCGUGGUGGGAGGAGGACCCACCAGUUGUGAAUUCACAUCCGAGUUGCACGACUUUGUCAAGCACGAUAUUUCCCGAUUAUACCCCGAUCUCUUACCACUCGUCAAUGUUACCUUGGUAGAAGCCGGCCCGGCCCUUUUGGGACCCUUUGACAAGGCAUUGCAGGAAUAUGCACACGGACUCUUCAAAAAACGAGAUAUCGAUGUACGAUUGGGAACUGCCGUCACUUCUGUGGAAGAUGUCGAAUUGCCCGAUUAUCAUUUCCCCUCGCGACAAGCCAUGCUCUCCGAUGGAACUGCCAUUGAGUUUGGGACCAUGGUAUGGUCGGCGGGAUUGGCACCGCGGACCUUUACCACCACAAUGACCGAUACAUUGCCAUUACACCCACGCAGCAAACGCAUCCUCGUCGAUGACUAUCUUCGCGUCAAGGGAUACGAAGGGUCCAUUUGGGCGAUUGGCGACUCGGCCGUCAAUGACACUGGAGACACCGUCAUUCCGCAAUUAGCGCAAGUGGCACGGCAACAGGGCAUUUAUCUCGCCAAAGUAUUCAAUGGAACGCAACAGGAAACCGAAAAGGAAUUCAAAUUCUUUUCUCUCGGUAGCAUGGCAUACAUGGGAGACCUCAAGGGAAUCUACGAUGGAUCUUCGGCGGGUGAACCCGGGAAAGAAAUGAAGGGAAAUCCCAAACUGCGCGGUCUGCUGGCGUUACUGCUGUGGCGCUUUGCAUACUGGGGACGACAAACCAGCAUGGUCAACAAAAUUCUCAUCCCCAUGCAUUGGUUCAAAUCCUUCAUUUUUGGACGAGAUACUUCUCGGUUCUAG